AUGGAGAACAGCACGAUUACAGACUCUGGUGCAGAUUUCGUACAAGACAAUCGCUCAGAAUUAGAGAAAGUCACCAAGACUGUGUUGAUUAACACCAUCGUGUUGUGCAUCGUCCUCAGUAAUGUCAUCAACCUGAUAGUGCUGAGAAAGACUACGCAGAUUCCGCCCAAUGCUCGCAUCUGUCUCGUCAACCUGAGUAUAGCGGACCUGUGCGUGGGCCUGGUGUCUUGCGGCCCGAGCGUCUACCCGGCCUACAGUGGCGUUUGGCCUUACGGCGAUGCCCUCUGUCAGAUCACCGGCAUCUUCCAUGGCUCCUCUGUUACCAUUUCCAUAUGGAGUCUCUCUCUGGUCAGCGUAGACCGCUAUUUCGCCAUUUUACAGCCACUGCGGUACCACGCCAUCAUGACUCCCCGUCGCAUCUACGCGGUCCUGGCGACGUUCUGGGCGAUUGCAUUGACCACGUUCCUCGUGCCAGUGUUGAUUAAGAGACCGACGUUUGUGUAUUACCGUUACACGGUUGAGGAAAACCUGUGUGGAAUGUUCUGGGAGUUUCGUGAGUUUGCCGUUCUUACCGCUGUCUACAUCCCCAUAGCCUCAGGAUCGGUUCUUAUCUUCACGAACUACAAGAUUCUGCGGGCAGUGUUUCAGCUGCGCAAGGUGAGUCCCGCCGAGGCGCCAGCCCAGCACAAGUCCAAGGAGGGCGCCAAGAAGGACUUCAAGGCGGUGAAAGUCCUGAUAAUCACGUCUGCCGUGUACUUCAGCGCCUGGGGUCCGUACGUCCUGCAGGUUCUGGCCGAAGCCGCCAAACCCAACCUCUACAUCUGGCCCGUCUUCCAAUUCGCCACGGUCUGGCUGGCCAACAGUAACAGCUUUAUGAACGUCAUCAUUUACUCGUUGAUGUACAAGUCCUUCCGCCAACAAGCCUUCAUGGUCAUCAAGGGGGUCCUACUGUGCAGGUGUGGCGAUCUGGAUAGAAUUAACGAUACCAAGGUGGAAACGUUUGUCACCUAG